CCGUUUGCUUUGCAUGGUCAGUCAGAGGAUCGCAUCGCAUCAGGGGGUAUGUAAUGAAUCCAUCAUUCAUCAUACAUACAUCUCACUCAUUCAUGCCAUGCACACACAAAGCAAUCAAUCCGCUUGACAGACAGACCAGAACACCCACUCGAACAGCAACAACACCCACAGUCUCCCUCCACCUAGCUAUCUAUCUAUCUGCUCUUUUGCAUGCCUAUGCCUUUCCCCUUCCCCUUGCGCACCAUGCCCUUGCCCUUGUGCUGCACAUACAUACACACACGACACACCAAUCGACUGGCUCGUCCAUCAGGCGCCGAUGCGUGCGUGCGUGAAUCUCAUCAUUCAUCCUUCUCUCUCACCUUGCCGCCCUUGCCGUGGAUGCCUGGUUUGAACCCCCGGUCAUCGGCUGACGACUUGGCGUCAUUGCGCUUCUUGCCGGCCUUCUUGCCGCCGAAGCCCCACUUGGCGUCCUGGCGACCAACAGAUAUAUACGGACAUACAGGCGACCAACAGAUAUAAACGAGUGCCACGGUGUUGUGUGUACCUUGGCCUGUCGUUUCUUGCCCUUCUUGGGACGGUUGUCUGCCGGUUUGGCAGCGACUUCCCUUGGCCUUUUGGGCGACGGUUGGCCGUCGGCGUCGCCCUGAUGCUUCCGCUUGACGCCCUUGCCACUGGGGCGGCUCUCCGUGGCCUGGUUCUGACCGACCCACAACACCAGGAGGUGUUCCUUCCCGGUGGUGUUGUCGGCUGCCAUUCUACCUAGCUACCUACCUGCAUGAAUCGGUCGAAGGACUCCUCUGCCGUCGCCUCAUCGUCGCCCUUCUUGCGCUCUGCAACGCACACACACACCAGAGAGGGGGAUCUCACACGGGUGGCCUGCCUUCCUGUGCUGAAAGCUUUGUUUGGUGUGUGUGUGUACCUUACCUUUUCUCCACUUGUCGAACUUCUUGAGGUUGAUGUUCUUCUCCAUCUGCUUCUGUUUAACACGCUCCACUUGCACCUACACGUCCCCACAAGACGACAGACAUACAGACACCAGUGACGUGACAGCCAUCCCUCUCUCUCCAAAGGAGGCAAGCCUCGAUCUCUCGCUGACCGACCGACCGAGGUCUCAUCUCACUCACCCACCUGUUUGGCGAACUUCUUCUGGACCUUCUGUGUCUUGCGCUGCUCCACCGCCUUGAUGCGCGCCUCCUCGUCUGCCAACUUGGCACGCACCUGAUACACACAAACACGAUGGGUGGGUGCAUAGACAGGACACCGCACCCGUGUAAUCAUGUCGCUCACCUUGAGCAUCUGCGUGUCUGAUUUGAGCAUUUCUGCCAGGAAGUCAGCAGGGCGGGAGAACUUGACACCCAUGGCCUUCAGUCGACGAAGACCCUCCGUCGCAUUCGCAUGAGCGACAUCAUGGCUGACACACACACACACACAGGACACACCACACACAUCGACGUGCAUGCACUCGUCCAUCGUCUUGAUUAUAUAUCUGUGGCCACCGGCUCACUCACAAGAGUUUCUCCCUCGAGAUGUCGUUUGUGUGGUCCACUUUGUCGGCGUCCUCUGCCGGCCUGGGGCUCGUGACAGCCAGCGUAUCGAUCCACGGCACACGCUUCAUCCCCUUGGGCACCUUGUACGCAAUCUCCCCCAGCUUGUGACGCAGCCCUGCCUCAUCGAUCUUCCCAUCCUUCCCAUCCUUGGCGGCUGCCCCCGCCCCAGGGCUGUCCAAGAUCCGCUCGCCUGGCUUUAAAGGGAUGUCGCUAAGGAGGGCGGCUCGUGUGUCGUCCUCCUCAUCUUCGUCUUGCUCGUCGUCGUCUUGGUCAAACUCGUCUUCGAGGAAGCCCACCGAUGGGUAAUCGUCGCCCCUGCCGCCAAGGGAUGGCUUCGGUAACUCAUCUUCCUCGUAGAGAGCUGGAUGCGACUCGUCUGCAGCCUGUGGUGGAGCCUGAAGGGGAUCACACAAGAAAGAUGGAAGAUUCAUCGGCAGAUCAACGCAUGGUGUUUGUGAGGCCUACUUUGUUCUUGCGCUUGGUCAACGCGGCCAGCCUCUUCUUUUGCUUGAUACGACUGUUCUCCAUCCUGUACGAUUCCGGACGGCUGCUUGGCGCAAAGCAACA